GUUAAAUCCUACUGUGGAGGAGGGCUGCGAUGAAGCAGAUAGUAAUAAUGACGGCGCGCCGGCUCCGCAGCCACCGCAAGCCCAAUUGUCCUGGUCCGAGGUAAUUCCCUCAAUCCGCUCAUCCACCACCCCUCCCCCCCCUGUCACUGGACGAUCUCGUAGAUGUUAUAUCACUGUGAACGAGUAUAUUUGCUCGUCUGCUAUAUUUAGCAUAGGAUGAAAACGCACGACGCGCUAAUAGAGCAAUGCCAUUCUAGAUAUAUUCGCAGCAUGAAGCGGUUCUUAAUUCGCAUCUAGUGUUGCUGAAUCAGGUCAGGGAUCAGGUCACCUCGGAUUCCGAGGCUUUACGGGUGAUCUCAUCUAUGGUUCAGAGAACCAAGAAGUUGGUGAGCCAAUUUGAAGGCAUCAAGAAACAUAUCAUCCCGCGAGCACCGGGUGGGAAUGAUGCCACUGGGAAUUGUAUGACAGAUGAGUUGUUGCAUGACGAUAUCUCUGCUUCAUCCUCAUCUCGACGAGCUGCAUCGACGGAAUCAAAGAACGGAAGGAAACGCCCGCGCCGUCAAUCAGACGAAAUUGUGAUGCAAGCUGAAAUAGAAGAGGCUUUGCCUGUUGAAGCGGAACGUUUUCAGAAACGAAAACGGCUAGAUGUGGCUGUUCCCGGUGCCGAUGAAGACGUUGGGGAUGCCAUACCAGUGUCGCUAGAAACCGAUGAUAUCUCUGAAGAAGUACAGCGGCGUUUAAAGAUUAAAGAGGAGCGACGAAAGAGGAGGCAUGCAAAACCAGAGAAGAGGAAACGCGAAAGCCUGGCGUCCAAUAGCAGCACGUCGUCUCUAAGCGGACCAGCAAUCCCUCGCAAGAAAAUGAAGAUUGGAGGGCAGUGGAAAAGAUGAACAUCUAUGAGGUAAUAUCUCUAAGCGAAGAAGAAAACUCGGAUUGGUACUUGUAUCUACGUGUGCAGCUCGCAAUUCUCAAAAGUUCCGGAGACUGCGCAUCUCACUUAGAGCAACAUGACGGAGAUCUACCCCCAUAUUUCCCCGAGUUAUCCCGUAGAUGCUGUCAUUUAAUAGCAAGAUAGACGCAGAUAUUCCGUAGAUUUUAUCCGUCAAGCUCCUCAACCGUGGGUCGAGGCCAUCUUUGCC